AUGGCAGACGCAGUGGGCAACACAGUUGUCGUGACGGGAGCGAACGGGCUCAUCGCCUCGUGGGUCGUCAAGCUUCUGCUCGAAAGAGGGUACACCGUGCGCGGAGCUGUUCGCAACCCAGAUGAUACUAAGAAGGUGGGCCACCUGUUGCAGCUGCCGGGGGCGAAUGAAAGGCUGAUUCUUUGCAAGGCAGACCUGCUGAACGAAGGGGCUUAUGAUGGGGUUGUCGCCGGUGCUGAUGGAGUCUUCCACACAGCUUCGCCAUUUUUUAUGAAGAACAUGACCAAUCCAGAGGAGCGAUUUCUAUCCCCUGCUGUUAGGGGAACGUUGAAUGUCCUCAAAUCUGCAGCAAAAGCUAAGAGUGUCAAACGAGUCGUCCUCACCUCCUCAACUGACACAGUAGCACACAACCGCGAAUCCAAGGAUCCAAACGUGGUGGUAGACGAAACUUGGUGGAGGCGAUCUAGAGUACUGCGAAGAAAUUCAGCUUGUGUCCAGGCCUGGUACGCCCUAUCGAAAUUAACGGCCGAGAAAGCAGCAUGGGAUUUUGUGAAGGAUAUAGAUUUUGAUCUGUUGGUGAUGAAUCCGUCAAUGGUGAUUGGCCCACUCCUGCAGAAUAGCUUAAAUAGCAGCACUGGGAUUAUCCUGAACGUUAUUACUGGAGCGACGAAGGAGUACACGAAUUUUGCCACGGGUUGCGUAAAUGUGAGAGACACGGCCUUAGCUCAUGUAUUGGCGUAUGAGAUGCCCUCAGCAGAAGGUCGUUAUAUCUUGUCGAAGACGGUAGUGCACUUCGAGGAUAUUGCAAAGAUUUUGAAGAACAUCUGCCCUGGCUAUCCAAUUCCCUCCAAAUAUGCUUUUCUUACCCUACCCCCGAAAGCAAGGACUUACUCCCUGACGUCUGAGAAAGCUGAAAAGCUGGGCGUGCACUUCACGUCCGUGGAGGAGAGUCUGGAGGAAUGUGUGGCAAGCCUUAGAAAUAAGGGAUUUCUUCCCCUGUUGUACAUUAAGCAUCUGAGAAUAGGAAACUGA